CGUAAACAAUAAGAGCUGUAACGUGCUACAUCGGAGCGUGCUUUGUACUCACCACUUGACACAUCGGUAGUGUAGCGGACGCACUUAUUGUAAAGCGUUUUUGAGUAGUAGUAUGUUCUUCAUAAGUACUCUUCUGGUGUCGUUAAAAGUUGCUGUGAUAUUACUUUCAUUAACAUAAAAACAAGGAUUUGGAAUAUUUUUGUUGUUACAACUGGACAAAAAUGUUUUCUGUACGUAAUAUGUCUUUACCGCAAGUGUUUCAUGCGCAUGUGCUAAUAUUUGCGUGGUUCUCACAUACAUGCUCAUCUGUAACCGAUCUCCUACCUAUUUUGGAAUGUGGACCUGAGGUACAGGUUCCUUGUAACUUCAGUGAAACAGAACCUGUACAGACUGACUCGAACUGGACGCCAGCCUUCUGUUUCCAUCUGGCUUCAAACAGCAUGGAAAUCGGAUUUAAGUAUUCCAAACCACCUUACAACUUGAGACAAGUGAAACAGUUUGAAAUAAAAAUAUGGAUGGACAAACAGAGGAUAGAAGAUGUAAAAGUCACUAACACGAAUACACACACCAAGUGCCGCUACAAGAAUUUGGAGCCUGCCAUUUACAGAAUAUAUAUUCGAGCUAUCAUCCCAAAAUCCGGGGGCAAGCGCAUGGCCUCAGACCCUAGGAUUGCAGAUAUAUUAUUAACAGAAUUUGAAGGUCCAAACACUGUCAAGAAGAACUCUACAGUUACCAAAAUAAAGCUGCCACUUAAUAUUCCCCAGGAGAACAUAUCCACAGUAACCAUAGCAGACAGCAGUACUACACAUAUUGCGCCCACUGUUUCAAACAAGUACAGUACGAAACCCAUAGCUCCUAUGUUUCCAGACGAUUACGGAAGCCAACCCGUGGCGCCCACUUUUUCAGACACAUACACUACGAAAGGCAUGGCUCCCACUAGCUUAGAUGACAACAGCACCAAAAUCAUUGCACUCAGCGAUCCAGCCGAAUCACUGAUGAUCGUAUCGCUAAUUAUAUUGGGAACAGUAAUGGGUAUUUUACUGGCAGGGAUAUACUGGCGUCAACGCAUCCAGAGAUCGAUCAUUCUGCGUGAGGACCUCAAACCCUGCUCGGACCUAAUCCCGGACCACCUACGUGUUACCAGGAAAAAUUCAUCUGAAGACACUGAAUGCCAAGACGCGUCUACCUCCGCGUGUGACGAAAAUUAUGUCUCAUUGACGAAACCUCAAGAGAAUGAUCAGAAAGCUUAUGAUUCUGGCUUUGACAGCACCAAGGACUGGGCUGAGAGUAGAUUAUCCACAUAUGAAGAAAACGUGUUAAAACCUGACGAGAACUCAAUUAAAAAUUGUGAUUCACUUUGUGAUAUCUCAGAUGGAAAUUUCAUCGCAAACGCGCUGGUAUGGGCUGAAAUUGACAGAGAUCUUUCUCCGAGUGUUUGUACUAUUGCCUCAUUGGCCUGCGAUAACAAAAACAUACAAAAGUCCUCAAGACGUGGUGACUGUAUAAGGUAUAGUAACCAAGGGAAUGCCAGGGAAGACUUGCACAUUGUUCAAGUGGAGCAGGACAUAACAGGACAGCAGAGGCCCUGUACAUAUAAAUGCAUUCCUCAGGAUAAGGAACAAUCAUAUAAUGGAAAAACUAAACACAACUAUUCAGCAUUAUUGGAAAGGUAUUCAUCAAUGAAAGUGCUUCCUAACAAAGCAAAAGAUUUUCAAAAUGAAUCCCCAAUACCUGAACGAGCAAGAUUGUUGGAAACAAUUGUAGAUAAUGGGAAAUAUGAUAAAUAUCCAAUGUGUUUGUCUCUUAGUCAUAUUCAGUCUGCUGAAACGCUAAAUUUGUCGCUGUCCGAAGAAAUGGGAUCGAUAAACAACAAAUACUUCCACCUCGGCGAAGCACAGGGUACUCGUACACAUUGUUACGGUAUUGUUAAGAGCACGAAACAUCCUGUCUGUGUUAUUAACGACGACAUCAAUGAUAUGAUCUCUUUAGGUGAAAUCAGCAUCUGAUUAUAAAUGUUCAACAAUGGUUGAGACCAAUGAUAUAUAUGAAAACAUAAAUACAUUUAUUGCCUUUUAUUUUCAAUGUCUAUGAAAAUUUACGUCCAUAGAUAAGCGCACAAAUCAAUAUAUUUAUCUAUACGAAUUAAUUGACAAAAGAAGAGGUUACAUUAUGCACUAACGUUUUAACUGUAUUCGUUUUUCAGGUACAAAUAUGCAUUUGUAUGUUACUUUCUGAACAUUGUGACAAUGUUUUAGUGUUGCUCAAAUUUGAAAAACUAGCUCGCAGUGACUUAAUUCGGGCAAAAAACAGUUUUUAUUCAUUCUCUUAUUCCGAUAACAAUUUUCAAUAUUAGGUCAUAGUUACCUUAUUUGGUAAACAACAGUGUUAUAUUAAUUUCUGAACUCGAUGACAUGUUUUUUAUAAUGCAGGUGUUAUUUUGAAUUUGAGAUCACACUGACCUUUUUUUGCCAAAGAGCUGUUAAAUAUUAAUUUCCAAACCCUAUGAUAAUGUAGGUCAAAUUUUGAAAUCUAUGUCACAGUGACCUUAUUUAUUCCAAACAGUUAAUGUUAAUUCCUGAACUCGAUGGAAAGUUUGCAUAAACAAUGAAUGUUAAUUUCUGACCUAAGACCAUUUUUGUUAAUGUAGGUAAAAUCUUCAAACCUAGGUAAAAGUGACAAAAUUUGCUCAAACAACAGUGAUGAUUUUUAGUGCAGAUUUUGAGAAAUAGGUCGCAUGACCUCAUUAGAUAUAAUGAAAUUGGAUAUAUCAAAUGUCCGUAGGGUUUACUUUUCAACAGUGUCCAUUUUCUACGCGUAUGUGAAAAUACAAAAAAAAUGAGUAAUGUUCAUUUUUCCACGGCUUCCCGGUUCCAUUUUCAACGUCGAAAAACGACCUCGGUUCCAUUUUCAACGAGGGUCCAUUUUUAACGUUACACCGGAUGUAAAUAUAUGUAAAAAUGUAAUGAGAUUCAAGUACGAUUCCAUUAUUAUGUAACAACAUGUAACACUUAAAUAAUAAAUUGUA